UGCACACUCAUUACCUCCCAACCAUCUCUUAAUUUGCCAAACCUCUCAACCCCAAAAAAUAAAAAAGAAGCAGAAAAAUGUAUUGUAAGGUCAUCUUCUCUUGCAUGAUCACCAUGUUCCUCCUCUUCUUCAUAUUAUCUUCUCCCUUUGCUGUUGGUCGCCCAGAACCUGAUUCUUCAGUUCAACAUUCUAAGAAUACUCCAAUCAUAACUCAAAUACAUCUGGGUGAAGGUGAAGCAGAUCAGAAGGUUGAGUUGGAGGAUAGCUGCGAGGGAAUUGUAGAAGAAGAAGAAUGCUUGAUGAGAAGAACACUUGCAGCUCAUAUUGAUUACAUCUAUACCCAGAAAACCAAACCUUGAAUUAUAAUAUAUAUAUAUUUACAAACUUGUGUCUUCCUUUCUAUCAUCUUCCUUCAAAUAUAUUUUCAUGCAGGAGAAUUUUAUUUUUUUCUGGUUAUAAAACCAGUUCUGUAACAUAUCUGUCUUAUUUAAAUACUAGUGAAAUUUCUAUUAAUUA